GAAAUAUUCAUUCUCUUCAGGUCGAUUUCAGUAGCCAUGUGACUCCUUCUCAUUCUCUGCCUCCUACGCCGCUGUACUGCCAACACCCAUCACCCUCCGGUGUCUAAUCGCACUGUGUCGCCGCUGCCAUUUUCGCACCUCAAGAUAAGGUUAGAAGAUAAUAUUAUCACAGGGGUUUGAUUCGCUGCAAUGGCUCAACAGAAGCAUAGAGUUUUGAUGGUUUCUGAUUUUUUCUACCCCAACUUUGGUGGUGUGGAGAAUCACAUUUAUUACCUAUCACAAUGCCUGCUUAAGCUCGGUCACAAGGUGGUAGUCAUGACUCAUGCUUAUGGAAAUCGAUCAGGGGUGAGAUACAUGACAGGUGGCUUGAAAGUUUACUAUGUACCAUGGCGGCCAUUUCUUAUGCAGAAUACUUUACCAACUUUUUAUGGAACACUUCCAAUAAUUAGGACUAUCCUUAUCAGGGAAAGGAUAUCACUGGUGCAUGGCCAUCAGGCCUUUUCAACUCUUUGCCAUGAGGCUUUGAUGCACGCUCGCACUAUGGGAUACAAAGUUGUAUUUACUGAUCAUUCACUCUAUGGUUUUGCUGAUGUGGGUAGCAUCCACAUGAAUAAGGUCCUGCAGUUUACUUUAGCAGAUGUAAGCCAGGCCAUUUGUGUGUCCCACACAAGUAAGGAAAAUACAGUGCUACGUUCAGGUCUGCUGCCUGAAAAGGUAUUUGUAAUACCUAAUGCUGUGGACGCUGCUAUGUUCAAGCCUGCUCCAGAGAGACCUAGCAGUAAUGACAUUGUUAUUGUUGUGAUAAGUAGGUUGGUUUAUCGGAAGGGUGCAGAUUUGCUUGUGGAAGUCAUUCCAGAAGUUUGCCGCUUGCAUCCCAAUAUCCGUUUCAUUGUUGGAGGAGAUGGACCAAAAAGGGUGCGGUUGGAGGAGAUGAGAGAAAAGCAUUCUCUCCAAGAUCGAGUUGAGAUGCUGGGUGCUGUGCCACAUGCCCAUGUACGCUCAGUGCUGAUUUCUGGCCAUAUAUUCUUAAACAGUUCUUUAACAGAAGCAUUUUGCAUAGCCAUAUUGGAGGCUGCAAGUUGUGGACUAUUAACUGUCAGUACACGUGUAGGAGGUGUCCCUGAGGUUCUACCAGAUGACAUGAUAAUACUUGCUGAACCAGAUCCCCGUGACAUGGUGCGGGCAAUUAUGAAAGCAGUAUCUAUCCUGCCUAGGAUUGAUCCACAAGUUAUGCAUGACCGUAUGAAGAAACUCUAUAGUUGGCAUGAUGUUGCCAAAAGGACCGAGAUUGUAUAUAAUCGUGCCUUGAAAUGCUCCAAUCAGAAUCUUAUUGAACGUGUCUCGCGGUACCUUUCCUGUGGUGCUUGGGCAGGCAAGCUCUUUUGCUUGGUUAUGAUAAUUGAUUUUUUGCUAUGGCGUCUUUUGCAACUAUUGCAGCCUGCAGGAGACAUUGAGGAGGUGCCUGAUUUCAUUCUACCCCACCAACACCAAGAGAGUGAGGUUUUGGAGGAUUUCAAAGAACAGUGCCUGGGUUGAAAUACUCUCUUACAACUUUAGAGAGUUGCCUUGGCUUACUUUUUCGUCCUUAAUGCGAAAAGGACAAAAUUGAUUGACCCAUGCUCUCUAAUAUCUCUCGAUCCGUCCUUCAAGAGGUACAUCUACUGCUUCUCUGAGGUCUAACUGCUUCAAAUCAUUAAACCCAUUGUGCCUCGCAUGCCUAAAGAUUCUCAUGCCUGUCUGUGUCACUGAUGGGGAACAGCACAACCUUGUGGCCCCACAGGAACGCUAACACCAACAACAGUUGAAAACUGGAUCUUACAUUUGUCUACUUCCCUAGCUGGUUUGAUUCCAUAGCUUCUCUUACCCCUUGUUUCUGGGUAAGGUCAUUCUCAGCGUGUCCUUUAUCUGGUGAAAAUUUCCUGGGUUACGUCUUGUAAGUUGAAAUGGAAUGAAUUUUGAUACAGGCAAAGUUUUACUGGGCCAUUUUACUCUGGCGAUUUUUUGUCGAAGCAAGGUCCCAUGUAUAAGUUACUACAAUCCGAGGACUGAACUUUUGUUUUUUGUUUAAAUCUAAAAUUAUUUGCAUUUGACUAUUAUUGGUGAUUAGAAGUGCACUGCUAAUACAACCUGCAGCGUUAA